AUGUCAAGUAGUGCGGCUGCUAAUGCAGCUGCUCUUGCAGCAUUUAAUGCCAUAGGACGGAAAAACUCCGAAGCUGAACAACAGAAUACUUCCACCUUUACAUUACCUAAACCUACAAGAGUAGUGUCUCACAAGAAACCAACUAGAAAAGAAUCACACGCAUCACUUCAAGUAGUUAUACCAAAACCAAGAAUGGGGAGUCAAGAUUCUCGAAGUUUGCACACACCUACUGACAUUUCUCCCUUAGCUAGAACUCCCAAACCCAGCCCCAGGAUUCUUACCAAUUCAAAUGGAGACAAUGAUCGAUCAGUAGAUUACUUUUCAGAAAUACAUAAAAUGGGACAACCGAGGCGACAGUCUCAGACACCUCAAGAAGUGAUUAAGAAUUUAAAACAAUCAAUUGAAUCAAAAGCAAUUGUGAAUACGCCGGAUUUGAAACGAUUAUCAACCGAUUAUGCACCUAAGGAAAUGAUAAAAAAUUUGAAAGAUUCAAUCAAUCAAAAGGUAAAGGUUUCACAGGCAUCUCAGGCCACUGCAUAUGAAAAAAGUCCCAAAGGUCAAGCAAUAUUAAAUGAUAUGAGAGAUAGAAUUGAGUCCAGAAUGAAAGCAGUUUCUGGAAGCAUGAAUAGUUUGACGUUGACUGAAAAACCGGAACCAUUGAGAAUUCCUUCAACUGGUAGUACUAGAAGCAUGCUUUAUGAGCCACUGCUUAAUAAUUCAUAUUCAUCUUUUGGAUCAAGUUAUUUGGAAGGACAAGAUGAUACUUUUACUAGACCUCAAAAUGUGGAAGACAAAGAACGUCAAAAUUCAACCGGUAUUAGUAUCGAUAUAACUCAUCAUGAAGGCGAGAGUGAGCUUUCUUUACAGGAACCAAUUGAAAUAGAACGAAGAGUUAUCGUAGAGGAAUCCAAAGGGAAAGUGAAGAGGAAACCUCCAUCAGAUCUAAUGUAUGAAGAGCUGCCGGGGGAUCCAUUUUACGACAUGGAAAGACCCAAUAAGGGUAGGUCGACAGAUGUCAUUUCAAGUGCCUCACUGUACAUACAAGAAGAAGACGAUGUAUAUUCAGUCAGUGAUGCAGAAUCGUAUAUGUAUGACAAUCUCCCAGAGCGACCGCUGUUUGACUACAAUGGAGAAGGCAACAAAUUCCCAAAAUUCCCUGAUAUAUCCUCGAAACGAAAGGAGCACAAGAAUAAAAAGAAACAGAAAAUAAAAGGUGUAGAUCAUUCUGUCAACUUAAUAGAACUGGAAAAUGAAUCUGAUGAAGAUAUAUCCAAUAUCUAUAGGCAAUCCAAUACAAGUCUUGUUCAACAGCCUGUUCAAUUCCGGACUACCAUGAGAAAGAACAAGAAAAAGGACAAGAAAACAAGUUUUAAUGAAAAUAAACCUUGGAAAAACCAUAGUGAUUUGAACUUUCCAAAUGAACAAGAGCGAAAGCGUUAUGAAGGACUCUGGGCUAGUAAUAAAGGGAAUUAUAUGGAUUAUGUUGUCCACCGUUUACAAGGUGUCGAUUAUACAUCUACUGAUGACGUCUCUACUGAGCAUGAAGAAGUUUCCAAAAUGGCUGCCAAGCUUUCUUCUAAUCAUCAAGCAAAUUUAAAGAAUGAUGAAGAUAAUUAUCAUAAUUUGGUAAAAGCAGAUUUGAAUCAAUUAAUACACGCUUCUGUAGUGAAACGGAUAUGGAAGAGAAGUCGAUUGCCUCAAGAUACACUUGAACAGAUUUGGAAUUUGGUCGAUUUUAGAAAAGAUGGAACUCUUAAUAAGAAUGAAUUUUUGGUAGGUAUGUGGUUGGUUGAUCAAUGUUUGUAUGGGAGAAAAUUACCUAAGAAAGUUGACCAAGUAGUAUGGGAUAGUCUAGGAGGGAUUGGUGUGAAUGUAGCUAUUAAGAAAAAGAGUAAGCGACUAUAA